CGUCGUUUGCGGUAAGCAUCUUGCGUUACGCAGUUUGCGGUGCGCUGCGCGGUGCGUGCCGGGAUAGCAUCCGGGCACCCCGCUGAGGUAAACGGUGGGGCUGGAGGAUCGCUGCUCGCUGCUAUUUCGCUCCUAGGCCCCAGGUCCCCCAUCCACCCGGCGCCAUGGCGAUGCAAGCGGCCAAACGAGCUAACAUCCGGCUGCCGCCAGAAGUCAACCGGAUCCUGUAUAUCAGGAACUUGCCCUAUAAAAUCACCGCGGAGGAGAUGUAUGAUAUUUUUGGGAAAUACGGGCCUAUUCGGCAAAUCCGAGUUGGGAACACUCCCGAAACGAGAGGAACAGCCUACGUAGUCUAUGAAGACAUCUUCGAUGCUAAAAAUGCUUGUGAUCAUCUGUCAGGGUUCAACGUGUGCAACAGAUACCUCGUCGUUUUGUACUACAACGCAAACAGGGCAUUCCAGAAGAUGGACACAAAGAAGAAAGAGGAACAGCUUAAGCUUCUCAAGGAAAAAUACGGAAUUAAUACAGAUCCGCCAAAAUAAACUGAUUUUUUUUUUGAAAACUGUUUUCAAGACCUGCCAUUGUGUUCUGGAAGUACGUAAGGAUUCUCUCUGAUGUAUAUAUUUUUAAAAUUUAAUAGGCUGUAAUUUCAAUCCUUAGAUCUUCGUAUUAGGAUUAAACGUAAAACAUCAGAAGAUCUGCUGUAAGACUAAACCCCCUAAAUGGACACAGCUUCGUUGUGUUGCAGGGCUGAGCUGUAAGCGCUGUGUAACCACCGUCCUCUCUCUGGCAGGCCCUUGUAGGACAGGACCGAGUACAGGCCUGCUGAAAUUCUGCCCAGGCUGCAGGGCUGAUUUUAAACGGGGCAGCCAGUUAAUGCAAAGAGCUCAAGGGGCUUUGUAUCAGCUGUCUGCGUGCUGAAUUUCACUUGCCACUUCUAAAAACGGAAUAAUGCAAGUAAACAAGAGUGUCCCUGCCACGGGGAUUCUUGUGCUUUGGUUUUUAAUUAAAAAAAAAAAGUGUGGUUUGAUUCUUGUUCACACCGGUAUGUUUUACACAAUUCACUGCAUCUUUUUCCUCAGAAUAUUUGUUACUAGGAACAAACAAAGCCUAACUCCAUGUUCAUAAUGAAGUUUUUUCUACGAACUAGAAAAUGAGUGGCCUUUUAAAAUAAUCCAACUGCUUUGGUGACUUCAGUCAAAAUGCCUUGUUCCCAGCAAUGAGGACAGACCAGGUGAGCUGCUGUGAGAUAAUCUUGCUCUGACGGUGCAUUGCUGUAUGGCUGAGAGAGAUUUUUAAGUGUACCGGUUAAAACUGAACUUAGUAGGAGCAGCAGGAAUGAACUUCGUGCUUUUCAUGUUAUUAGGGAACACCGGACUAAAGCAAGGCCACAGAUACUGGCAGUGAUUUUAGAUACCUGUGAUGGGAUUGUUUCCUGUUCGUACAUUUGAACUUUUAUACCUGUAUGUGUAAUAUCUGCUGGAGGAAAAAGGAAACCAGAUUUAAAUUUUGGGGCUUUUUAUUUCUAAAAGUAUCAGCACUCACGUCUCAUGAAUAAAAAUCAGGUUGUUGGCAUGCAUAACCAGUCUAAUUGAGAAGUGGACAGGGUUGAGCUCUGCCUCUGUUCUUACCCAGCUGCAAGUUGUGUGAUCGCAGGUAGUCAUCCCGCCUCCCAGGAGGAUUUACGCGCUUGGAUUUGAUGUUCAGCUCACUGACCAUGCGGCUUCUAGCCAGUGCAGAAUGUGGGCAGAUGUAAACGUAUUUUGCCUGAGGGUUUAGAACUCAGGUUAAAAAUUCUUGUCUAUUAUAUUGUCAUAAUGGAGUGUUUUUUCUUUAUUGAAAUCUGACUCUUAAAGCAUGCAGUUCUGUCCGUUUAG